AUGUUCUUACGGUUCUUCCGUCGCAUGGACGUGAACGUGGUGACAGCUAUUUCUGUAACUUUGUUGUUACUGCUCGGAACUUCGUGUUCCGCCCAGGAGGAGGACGACGACGGCGGGAUUCUGGAGCACGAAGAGCUCGCCGAGUUUUACAGGAAGGGUCUUUUCAUCUUGGAAAGCAGCCCUCUUGAGCGCUGCAUCUCAGUAGAACAACCCAACCUGGUUCUCCGGGACUGCCGUCGUCCCACCCGUCGCAUGCUGUGGAAGUGGGUUUCCCACCAUCGCCUCUUCAACUUGGGCACCAGUAUGUGCCUGGGCCUCAACAUGUCUGACCCCGCGCAGCCCCUCGGGACAUUCCAGUGCGACAUGGACCUUCCAGUACUAUGGUGGCGCUGCAGAGGUAACAUGUUGUAUGGAGCAUCCCGGUGGAAGGUGGCUGUUGCUGGGAACUUAGUGGUGGUGAAGAGAAAUUCUUACCAUGAGUGGAAAAGGUACAACACGCCGGGAGAGGGGCCCUGCUCCAAUCCGUAUGAAGAUAUUCACACUUUGUUGGGAAACGCACGCGGCAUGCCAUGCGAGUUUCCCUUUAAGUACAACAACAAAUGGUACUGGGAGUGCACCACAGAGGGACGCGACGAUCAUCUUCCAUGGUGCUCGACCACCACCAGAUAUGAUGAGGCAGAAAAAUGGGGGUUCUGUCCUGUGCAUGAUUUCAGUUGUGAGCAUUCCUGGGAGUACCACUUUCAGCUCCGCGCCUGUUAUCAGUUCAACAUGUACACCAUCCUCACCUGGAGUCAAGCGAUGCGGACGUGUCAGGCUCAGGGUGGGAGUCUGCUCAGCAUAGCCAGCGAGGCGGAGGACAAGUACAUCAAUGAACGGAUGAUGUUUGAUGGAUCAAUGGUCUGGUUCGGGCUCAACCACUUGAAAGACGGUCGGGGCUGGCAGUGGUCUGAUGGCGCACCUCUAUCGCUGUUCCACUUCACCACAGUGCUGCCGCCCGGCCCUCUCGAGGACAACAGACAGUGUGGAGCGUAUACGCCCGGUCCUAUCGGAUUGUGGCAGAGUUUUUCCUGCGAAUCUGCUCUGCCUUACAUCUGCAAAAAGACACCUAAUAACACUCAGAGAGCCGAGCCGCUUGAGAACUGGCAGUACAUCUACACAGAGUGCGAUGAAGGCUGGCUGCCUCAUAACGGUUUCUGCUACCACAUUAUGUCCGAUGCAAGAAGCUGGGAGGAGUCUUCUCAAGCAUGUGUCUCUCUUAAUGCCAACCUCACCAGUCUUCACUCUCUCUCUGAAGUGGAGAUGCUACAACGUCUACUGGCUAACUAUUCUGGCGAGCCUUCAGGAAUGUGGAUCGGUCUCUGGAAACAAGCUUCAUCUGCGAUUGUAGAGUGGUCUGAUGGAUCCCCUGUGACUCUCUCAAUGUGGCACCCGUAUCACCCACCUAACAAUUCGACUGGUGCUAACCACUGUGUCAAAGCAGACAGGAAGGAAGGUGACUGGCUUUUGGUGUCGUGUGGUGAGCAACUUCCUGCUGUGUGCAGAAAAGCGAGCCAUCAGACAUCGAUUCCUCACGUCGAAAGCUGGGAUGAUGGCUGCCCUGAGGGCUGGAAGCGUCACGGUCACUCUUGUUACACUAUCACCAGGCACGAGCAGACAUUUCAGGAUGCACAGACUGGAUACUAUUGCAAUGCUCCUCUACUUACUGUGGACAACAGGUUCGAGCAAGCAUUUGUCAACAGUUUGCUGAGUGCUAAUGGAGCCAACGACAGCAUGUAUUACUGGAUUGGCCUCAGAGACUCCGGGGAAAGUGGAGAAUACAGAUGGCUUCAUCACAAUGGCUCCACUCUUCCACUCACCUUUAGUAACUGGAACAAACACCAGCCAGUGAGUGCCAACGGCUGUGUUGCCAUGUCAGGUGGCUUUGCUCUGGGCUACUGGAAUGUGAAAGACUGCAAUUCCUACAAGGCUUUGUCAGUUUGUAAGCAGAGCAUCAGUAGCUACCAGGAAGUGCCGGUGUUACCAGAAGCCCACAUUGAUGCCUUCAGUGCCUGUCCUCCUGGAUGGGAAUCACAAGCCGGUCUCCUCUACUGUUUUAAAGUGUUCCAUGAUGAAAAAGUGCUUAUGAAACGCUCUUGGGUAGAAGCAGAUUACUUUUGCCAGGCUCUCGGAGCUCAGCUGGCCAGUUUCCGCCACUAUGAGGAGCAGGUGUUUCUCAAGAAACUCCUUGGUACAAUGUUUGAAGGAACAGAGGGUCGCUGGCUGUGGGUCGGCUUCAAUAAAAGAGAUCCUGAACAUCCGGGUUCUUGGGAAUGGUCUGAUGGUUCUCCUGUGAUGACCUCCUUCAUCGAGGACAAAAAUGAUGAGGAUGACAGGAGGGACUGCGCGGUGUACAGUGACCUGCCCAACAGACUCAUGCCCCGGCCGUGUGAAAGAAAACAUGAGUGGAUUUGUAAGAUCUCCAGAGGAGGUAAACUGAAAAAUCCCUACUGGUACUUUGAGCGUAACGAGCCGUGGGUUUUUUAUCGUGGGGCUGAGUACCUGGUGGCCAAGCAGCCCUUCAACUGGGACGCCGUCUCUCUUGCCUGCCAGAUGAUGGGAGCCUACUUGCUGUCCGUUCACUCCAGAGAGGAGCUGAACUUUGUCAAGGAGCGCUUGCGACGGCUCUCCCUAGGCCCCACUGACUGGUGGAUUGGGCUUUCCAUCGGCCAGCAUGGAGAGGAGGUCAGAUGGAGCGAUAAGACCGAGGUGGACUUUCACAACUGGGCAGAUGGUCAUGACAGCCACAAGAGUAGAAAAAAUGGGUUUUGUGUCACCAUGAACUCAUCAACAGGGAAGUGGUCGGCCAGUGAAUGCACCAAUCUUCAUGGAUACGUUUGUAAGAGAAAGACCAUCUCUGUGGUGGAGACUCCAAGAGAGCCUCACUACAUCGGAGGCUGUCCAGAUAAAUGGCUGUACUUUGGACAUAAGUGUCUCCUGCUUCACCUCCCUGACAAUCCAAAGGAGGGAAAGAGCUGGAACGACGCCCGCUCCAUCUGCUCCUCAUUUCAAGGCUCACUCGUGGCUAUAGAAGAUGAGAUUGAACAAGCGUACAUCACCAUGCUGCUUCAGGGGAUCUCUGUCGGCGUGUGGAUUGGUCUUUGGAAUCAAGACACCAUGAAGUGGACAAACGGGAGGACUGUCAGCUACACCAACUGGUCUCCUAUUGAACCAAAGAGCUACCUCAAUGAGGAUGAAUUGCUCACCGGAUUUGCUGAUGAACCACUGUGUACAGUGCUGUCCAAUAACCACAAUGUGCACCUUACAGGAAAGUGGUAUGACGAGAAGUGUAGUGAGCAGGGUUAUGGCUUUGUUUGCCAAAAAGCACAAGAUACAUCCAAACCGCCCACCCACUCAUCCCGCCACCCUCUCCCUGACAACAUUGAAUACAAAAGUCGCAGUUACAAGGUGGUUUCAGGCAACAUAAGCUGGUAUAAUGCCAUGCAUAUGUGCAUAGAUAAUGAUUCGGACCUAGUAAGCAUCACCGAUGCCUACCACCAGGCUUUCCUGACCGUCCUUGUCAAUAGAUUGGGAGUACCACACUGGAUUGGACUGUACAGUCAAGAUAGUGGUAUCAACUAUCAGUGGUCAGAUGGCAGCGACACAGUGUACACACACUGGGACUCGGCUGAAGAUGAUGAGACUGGAGAAUGCGUGUACAUGGACGUGAAUGGUGGAUGGCGGCGAGCUGACUGUGAAAGUAGUCUACAAGGAGCCUUGUGUCAUAUUCCUCCGCCAAAGAAUAAGCCAUUCAUCUCCUAUGAGGCCGUGUGCCCUUCAACAUGGGUGAAAUUCGGACAGGGAUGUUACAAUUUUGAACCUGUGGUGCAGAGAUUGACUUUUGAAGAUGCUCGAGAGCACUGUAGAAGCGAAGUAAACACUUCAGAUAUCCUGUCCAUCGAGAAUGAAGUGGAGAAUCGCUUUGUGCUGGAGGAGCUGUGGUCUUCUGGGUUUCUUCACCAGAACAUGUGGUUGGGACUUUACUUCAACAUUGACACGGAUUCUAUGGCUUGGGUGGACGGUUCCCCUUUGGACUAUGCCAACUGGCCCAACAGAGUUCCAGACUUGAAGAUGCUGACUGCAGACACUUGCGUCACCACCCGAGCGGCUGACGGAGUGUGGCGGUUGUCUGGGUGCACCGAGCGGCUCGGCUUUAUCUGCAAAACAAUCUCAGAUGCUACUACUGAGGUGGAAGUGGAACCCAUCAAUGGAUUACAUUAUGGCGUCAUUCUUGCUGCUGUGAUGGUGGCCGUACUGAUCUUUGCUCUGCUGGCAGGAGCGCUGUUCUUCGCUUACAGGAGAAAUGCAGCGCAUUUUCGGGGGCUCCCGACACUCAGUAGCGCCUAUUACCGACAAACGGGUUCCCAAGCUACCGAGUCUGACGGUAAUGUGCUGAUCACGGAGCUGGAAGACCACUCAGGAUAA